AUGCGUUACUCCAUCUCAAAUUUUCCUCUUAUAUCAUCCUAUAUCAAUAAACGAUCAUUUGAAGUUGGUCGAAGCCUUGAAGCAAUCGUUGUUUACUCAUUCCUCCGGUUGAAAACCAUGCGCUGCCUAUGGAGGUUUCUCAGUUGGCCAAAACGGCAGAAAUCCGAGGACGACGAAGGGCAACUGCCCUUAGAAACCUUAGACGGAGUAGCUCUUCUCCAGUCACAGUCAGCGCAGAGUUCUAGGCUCAAUGGGGCUCAGGAUACUCGGUCGACGUCUGGUUUUCAAGAGCGCUAUGUUAGAAUCGGGAUUGGAGGUGCUGGCAAUCUGCGCAAGUCCUGCUUCCCUUUCCUCCGUGCUAAUCGACUCUCAAAGUCCUUUGCCAUAAUGGCCGAGAAAUAA